UGACAUCGGCAGGAAAUUCGAUAGAAGCAAUCCACAGAUUCGAGCCCACGGCGACCAACCACACAUAUAGCCAUCAUUUUCUUUCUUUUCAUGGUCUUCUACAACCCGAAAUUGACCAUGCGGCCGCAAUGUAGAAACACGCCGAUAUACUUUACCAUUGCCGGAGCCAUGCUGCUUUUCCUCUUGUCGGCGGCCGUCGGACCCGUGUCGUCCUUCGGUAGCACCGCGGACGUCGGAAGCUCGGCGUCUUCGUCGUCUUCUCUACAACGCGGUCGGCAGCAGAGGAAUCAGCCACCAGCUGUUUCGGUGCUCCACCACCGGCAGCCACCACACACCACAACAACGACCGCACUGGCGUCGUCUCUGUCGUGGAAGGGUAGGACAACCGCAGCAGCAGCGGCGACGAAAUCUCCGCUCUUUCGCAGCGGUGCGAAUCUACAAACACCGUCGUCGUCCUCCUCCUCCGUUACCACCCGUUUUUCCACGGCGAGACAGGCGGCAUCCGUGGCAGAAACCGAGCCACCGACCAGAAAACGAUCGCUGUUGCGAAGAAUUCUUUGGAAUGCCAAUCCGCUCGCGGGUCGAAAAGACGAUCGAUGGAAGGGAGGAGAAUCGACGUCAACGAUUGCAUCUCGGCUCCUCUUUAGUUACGUGUCGCCUCUCCUGGAAGUUGUCGCCGGGAAGAACAACCAGAACCGAACGCUGACCGAAGAGGAUGCGUUUUCCCUGAGCCAUGGAAAACGCUCCAUGGAUUACGCCGUCGAGUCUUUGACCGGCACCUACGGCCUAGCUCGAACCAAGGCGGCACGUCGGUUGGAAGAACAAAAACAACAAGCCACAAAAAACAACGACGUGGUCAAAAACUCGCAAUCGCUCAUUUUGUUGAAGGCACUCGUGCGCAACCAAAAAUCGACGCUGUUGCUGACGGGCGUUUUGCGGCUGGUGAACACGCUCGUUCAGGCAUUUCCUUCCCUGUUGGUCGCUCGUUUGCUGCGGUCGAUCGAGGCGGGGCCAUCCGCUCCGAUCCAGGAGUGUCUCAAGGCGGCUGUUCUGCUGGUGGGAGUCUUGUGCCUGAAAAUGAUCACGGAAAACCAAUUCUUUCACAACGUCGUCAAUAUGUCGACCCAAAUCCGUGGUUCCGUCGAGGGAUUGAUUUUCGACAAGUCCCUGCGGCUGCCCGAGGGGGGAAGCGGCGUGCUGACGAAAAGCUAUACCGCCAAAAACUCCUCCAACAAAGGUGCCAAGGAACAGGGAAAACCAAAGAAGGCUCUCGGAUCUGGAGGGGUGAGUCGCGAUGAACGAAGGAGGCGCGGAACAGGACUUCCAUUUUUUCGAUAUUCUUCUAAUUUUUUUUGUUCUUGUUCUACUUCUGAAAUUUGCUUUCACGAAUGCAAGGUGUUGAAUUUGAUGCAAUCAGACGCGUCAAUUAUCGAAAGCGCCGCCAUGCAGGUCCACACACUAUGGGACGGUCCAUUGCAAAUAACGAUAUAUACCUACCUUCUUUUUCAGUGCCUUGGGUCUAGUGUCGCAUGGGGUCUCGCUGUAUUGCUAUCGGUGAUCCCCGCAAAUAGUAUUGUACUGAGAAUAUCAGAUCGCCUGGCUCGGCUUGAAACCGAAGCCAGAAGCGCCAGGACAAAAAGAACCAACGAAAGCAUCACCCACAUGAAAUUGCUCAAGGUUCAAUCGUGGGAAAAGGUAUUUGCGGAAGACAUCAAAAAGCAUCGCAGUGACGAGCUGCGCCGCCACCGAAUGAGAGGGGUGGUGCGUGCCGUCAAUUCUGCCAUAUCCAAUGCAGUUCCUGCACUUGUUUUGGUCGUAACUCUGACGGCUUAUGCCAAGACAGGCAAACCCAUCAAAGCGAGUACCAUAUUUACUGCGAUUUCGCUUUUCAAUCAACUUCGGUUCCCCCUCUUUUUUUAUCCAAUGCUCAUCGAUUCGUUGGUAAUCGGUCGCAAUUCAUUGCGACGCAUUGCUUCCUAUUUGAGUUCUGAAGAGCUGACUCCAUACGUCCAAGCUCUUCCCCCUACUAUGGACGGUGGCGGUCAAAUUGAGAUUCGACACGGAAGUUUUCUUUGGUCGACAUCCAAUCAAAUAAAAGAUGGAGAGGUCACACCACCAGACUCACCAGCACUUUGCAAUGUCAAUCUCAAAGUCAAUUCUGGGGAAGUCGUAGCCGUUGUGGGUCCGGUAGGAAGUGGAAAAAGUGCUUUGGUCAAAGCUAUCCUUGGAGAACUUACUCCUGUUCCCAAAAUAGUUGUUGAAAGUAGUAGUGGAGCUGACCAGAAUGAUUCACCAGUUGUUGAAGAUUUGAUGAAUCGACCAGAGGUUGUCAUGCACGGCAAUGCUGGAUAUUGCAGCCAAGAGGCAUGGGUUCCGAAAGGAACUCUUCGGGAAGCAAUCGUUUUUGGUCGUGAGUACGACGAAGAACGAUACCGCGAGGCCCUAUACGAUGCUGGACUGGAUCAAGAUAUUGCAUCUGGAACACUUAGUUCAGAGAUGGACGUUGGUGAAAAGGGCUCGAGUUUGUCGGGUGGACAGCGAGCCCGGGUUGCGCUAGCUCGUGCCUUAUACGGAGACGAAAAUACGAAAGUCCUCGUUUUAGACGAUUGUUUGGCAGCUCUGGAUGCACGCGUUGGAUCACUUGUUUUUGAACGUGUCACCAAGCGCGCCAAGGCUUCGAAUGCGGCGACAAUACUUGUCACCAAUGAUCCUUCAUUGCCACGACGGUGCGAUCGUGUAGUUUUGAUGGGUCCGACGCAAAAAAGUUCGUCUCCGAAUGGUUCUGGUUGCUCAACAAUUGUUGACUCCGGCACAUACGAUGAUUUGCUUUCUCGAGGGCACGCGCUUACGAGUUUCUCGAAUGAGUACGAUUCAAGCGAUGACGAAACUCCAAUCGUUCAGGUCCACGAGGAUCGAAAAGUCCACAUUGAGCACAACAGCAUGGAAACAGAUACUAUACGGGUCGUAGGAGGCUACGCCAUCCAUGCGAAUGAAACAGACUCUUCUUGUCAUGCUGAUCCUGACGUUCGUGUGGAUAUUAAAAACAGUCCAGAUUUCCUUGCUGACCGAGUCAUACCACGAGAAACAGAUGAUGAGAGUCAUGGCAUUGACAAAAACUUGAAUUCAACCAAGUCUUCUGAAUCGCAUCCAAAAACACGGUCAGAGGAAGCUGCCCUGGUAUCAACAGAUGAUAAAAUGACAACCCAAGCUGUACCUCUUUCUACAUACAUGGGUUACUUGAGAGCUGUGGGAAGUCCAGUGCUCUUAAUAGGUAUGGUCGCAUCCUUUGGUGUUGCCGAGGGUGCUAGGUUCUUUCAACAGUAUACAGUUUCGAAAUGGACUGAAAUAGCUGGAUCCAGCUCCAUGGCGGGAGCACUGGGAGGUCAAUACCUCAAUAAUCUUGCCUACGCUGCUGUUGUAGUAUCUGUUUUCUUAUGGUGCCGGAGCUUUUUCACGAUGCUGGUCGGAUUGAAGGCAUCUACGUUCUACCAUAACCGAAUGGUUGGUUCUGUCUUUCGCGCUCCCAUGUCGUUCUUUGACGCGACUCCUUCUGGACAGAUAUUGUCGCGUUUUGGGAAGGAACUGGAGACAGUGGACCGAGCCUUACCAGAGAGCAUUGCGAGCGUUCUCUACUGCUUCUUGCAAAUCUCGAGCACUGUCUUAGCAUUGUCAGGGGUCAUUUCACCUGUAAUGAUGGUACCCAUAACAUUUGCCGGUGCUCUUUAUCUCCGAAUAAUGAAACGAUUCCGUCCAGCUGCCCGCGACAUGAAGCGUAGCGAACAACGAACAAGGUCACCUAUUUUCACACACUUUGGAGAGGCUCUUCGUGGAACCGAAGUCAUUCGCUCGAUACCAGGGGCAAAGCUUACUUGGUCAUCCAGGCAUCGAAAGUUAUCAGACGUCAACUUAUCAGUUUUUUCUACAGUAAAAGCACUUGACCGGUGGUUAUCUGUAAAUUUGGAAGCAAUCGGCAACUCUAUGGUAUUUAUCACGGCAGUGAGUUCCGUGUUUCUGUCGAGAGCCGGUCGUCUUCAGUCAGGUUCUGCCGGAUGGGGAUUGACACAGUCUUUGGCAAUCACUGGAUUGAUGGCAUGGGCUGUAAGAAAUCUCACCAUGCUUGAGUCACAAAUGAUGAGUGUUCAACGAGUGACAGAAAUUACCGAUAUCGAGGAGUUCCAAAACGACAAAGAAUCGGAAAAAGAGAAGCCCAAAAUGCCCAGAGAAAUGGACAAGGCCGGCGAGGCGUUCCAACUCCCACCAAAUUUAGGUUUGAGGAGCAGCCCUUCAACAGAACACGCACUUGUUAAAGACGGUUGGCCAUGGUUGGGCGGCGUUUCAUUCAAGAAUGUUUCAAUGAAAUACAAUCCCUCAUCACCGCUAGUGCUAAAUCGAGUGACACUCUCGGUGCCUCCAGGGAGUACACUAGGGGUUGUGGGCCGAACGGGCUCUGGGAAGAGUAGUCUGCUUCUGACUCUCUUUCGAAUUGUUGAAAUUGAGUCCGGAGGGGCCAUCGAGAUCGACGGAAUCGAUAUUCGCUCGGUGUCCAUGGAGAAACUGCGUGAAAGCCUAGCUAUUAUUCCUCAAGACCCAGUUUUGUUCGCAGGCACUCUGGCAUCCAAUCUCGAUGCCAACGGAAAGGUGUCCCCGGAAAAUAUGUGGAAAGCACUCGAAGCCGCGUCUCCGGAUUUGGUUCGGCAUUUCAAGGCUCUUGGUGGAUUAACCAGUCAAAUCAGCGAGGGUGGCGGAAAUCUGAGCCAGGGCCAGCGACAAUUGAUUUGUUUGGCGAGAGCCUUGAUCAAGAAGUCCAAGAUUCUUGUCCUCGACGAAGCAACUAGCUCCGUAGAUGCACAAACGGACAAGCAAGUGCAGGACACGAUACGUAGGGAAUUCGUGGAAAAGGGGGUUUCUGUCAUCACGGUUGCCCAUCGACUCGAUACGGUAAUGGGAUACGACAAAAUUGCUGUCCUGGGCCAGGGGAGUGUACUCGAAUACGGAUCUCCUUCGGAUUUGCUCAAAAUAGAAAAUGGCGAAUUCAGAAGCUUGGUCGACGCCGACCAAGCAAACAAAAGGAAGGGUGGGAAGCUCCUGGUGAAUGUUGUCUAAUUUAAGCCAAGCCUGUUGUUCGAUUG